AUGAGCGCAUUCGUGCGAAUUACGGGUAGACCAAAUACAAACUUCCUUGUAGGCUAUCCAGGGAUAUCUGCGACAUUGCCUCGAAUAGAAGGUACUGUUGAAGUCAGACCAGACAAGGGCGUUACAGCGCCAGUCAAAGUGAGCAUAGUCACCAUAUCCCUACAGCGAAGAGAAUCUAUACAUCCUCAUGCCGACUCUGUUACGAAGAAACACCUGGCGGCUCCGCGCAAAGAGUCUACCGAGACUGUUGGAAAAGAAAUGCUAUUGUUCCGAUGUCAGGCCGGAAGAGACCACGAAGAUAUUAUGGUGAUGGACCUGCCAUUCGUCAUCUUUAUCCCCUUCGGUCGUGGAGGUCAGGAAACCGCUCGAAGAGUACCGCCAGGAAGCAUAGUACUACCUAGAAGGACUGCAGAGACCUAUUACGAACUAGUGGUAAUGAUUGGAUUUAGUGGAGGAAGUCAAGAAAGAUAUGCCUGGCCAGUACCCAUGGUUCGCUACGACACGCUGUCCACAUUUGGUAUGUACAACAGGCCGGAAGCAUCUGAGAAAGUGUCAGAUCAUCUGGUCACUCUAGGAGUAUCUUUACCACGAUGGUCAUAUGGCCCAUUGGAUCCGGUCAGCAUCUACAUAAAAUUAAUGCCUAAUCAAGACUGGAUGAACAAGGCCAAAAAGGUCACAAUACAAAAGAUCACCAUAAGUAUCGAACAGGAAAUCAUUUACAACCACGAAGGUGACGAACCCCAGCGGAAGAGUACUCAGGUAACCAAGAAAACCGAAGUCGUUGGGAUCAAAAUGCCAGAAUCAGGCUAUUUUACCAAUAUUGGUUUGAUGUUUCCAUCAGUGGACUUGCGUGAUCAGAAUGGCAUCUUACCACGAUCUCAUGCCAGAUACCCACAGUUUGCAGUACAAAGCUUUACUACCACAGCUGGUCUGUACAAGGUUGAGUACUAUAUGAAAUGCAAGGCCCAUCUGGGUGGUGCCAAAGAUAUCGAGGUCAAUCACCCUAUUGUUGUGUGUCCGCUUGACCAUGCAAGCUGCAAAGGCGAGAUGGAAGCUAUUGAGCAGUCUGCUCGUGAUGCUGCAAAUGUGAAUGCGGAGAAUCCUAUGCUGCCCCUGGCGACGAUCGUACGAGCAACUGAUCCAGAAGCACUGAAAAGCCUGGGUGUGACUGUUGUUGGUGGUGCAAAGAGACCGAUUAUAGAGUGA